AUGGCCGAAUCCAAGAUCAAGACCAUCAAGACGUACAGGAACCGAAAGUCCAUAAGCAGCUCUCGAGAAUCCACCUCUUCUGCGCCCGCCAGCCCUCCUUCCCCGGCGUCAUCACUGUCUUCCGUCGAGGACGAGGUGAUUCUCAUUCCUCCCUCCGCUCAUCCGCCACCAACGCGCCAGCCGCCGCCACCACCCUCUGCCACUCCGGUCCGCACCGCUUACAAACGCAACGCGGCUCAGGCUGCUCAACAGAACAUCCAGCAAUUGCAUCAGUCGUAUGCCGAUUUUGACGGAUUCGAUACCAGCGACACAGCUUCAUCUUCCAAAAAGAAGCGCCUCUCCAACGGCGUCCGCACCAAAGUCGAGCAGGACAGCAUAUCGCGACCCUCGACCCCAUCCUCGGCCCCUCCAACCACCACCCAUCCCCGCAAGGCUGCAAGAAAGCAAGCCUCGCAGUCGACAUCCUCAGCCGCAAGGACUCCCGCCCCCCUACGCGGUCGGCGCUUCCAAGACGACCAGGGCGUCGUUUGGGAGCUCCAAGUGGGUAGCUGUCAAGCAGCUCACAACAGGAACUGGCGCAAGUGCGUCCAUUGCAUAACAAAGCGCGCCGGCGACACUUGCCGCUUUGUCGACUUUCGCGCUUUCCAAGUCGAUCCACACACCGACAAAAUCACGCCUCCAGACCAGGACCACACCUCGCAUCCAGCCUUCCUCUUUUCACCCGACUCGGACGAGGUGAUGGACCUGCCCAUAGGUCGCGCCAUCUCCCCCGCGCACCUUUCCCAAGUGCAAGGCGACGUCGCCAGAGCGCUACUGCCCGUCCUCGAGGCAGAGCUCGAGCACGCACGCCUCCCAAACCUCCUUCGAAGGCCGCGCGAGACCACAUGCCGUCAGAUGUGCGAAUUUUGCGCAACCAGCAUCUUUUCCGCCAGCUGGUUCUGCCGUCGCUGCGGUAGGGAGUACUGCGCCGACUGCAAACAUAGCAUCGACCAUUCCGACUCCAUCGACCAUUCCGACUCGUUGGAUCGUCAGCUCGCCAAGAGAAUCUUGCGAUGCGACCAAACUCUGCCGCAUGCCACCGCAGAUCUCGUCCCACUCACGCGCUUCGACGAGGCGCUCCUCGAGCAGGAAGUCUCCGCCAUGCGCCAGAUGCUCACCGACGCCAAGACGGACGGCGUCCGAGCUUCCGCACCGGCACACGACGCCCCCGCCGCCGCAGCGUCGACCUCCAACGAAGCUUCUGAGCAAUUCAUGCCGAAGACGGAGGAUGAACAACGCACGCCGGUCAAUUGGAAAGACGUGCCAACGAAUCAGGCAGGCAUCACAGCCGACCGCAUCGUCGGACAUCUCGAUCUGCGCACCUUCGACAGGGCUUCAUUCGACACCGACGACUUUCGAUGCGAGUGGGCCCACGGCGAGCCCUUGCUGGUGCGCGAUGUCACUGGGCCAAUGCAUCAUCCGUGGGGGCCCGAUGCGCUGCAGUCGCGCUACGGUCGCGAUCACUGCCUCAUUGUGCGCUCGGACGUCGAGAUUGCCGAGCCCAAGCAGGUGUCCGUGGGCGACUUCUUUGCCACCUUUGGCCAGGACGAUACUUCAAAGCAAGCGGCGCUCGGACGCGGCCAUUGGAAGCUCAAGGACUGGCCGCCCUCCGCCGAGUUCAAGGCCGAGUUCCCCGAGCUCUACGAUGACUUCAACAGGGUCGUGCCGGCGCCCGACUACACCACUCGCGAGGGAGUGUUGAACCUAGGCAGCUGCUAUCCCACUGGCGUCAUCCAGCCGGAUCUCGGGCCCAAAAUGUACAACGCCUGGCCGGGCAGCGAGGCGCCCGGCGGCAAUGGCACCACCAGAUUGCACAUGGACAUCGCGGAUGCCGUCAACAUCAUGCUGCACGCUUCGCCGCCCACCGGCGAUGACGUCCCGGAGGAGCACCGUCCGGGCGUGGCGGCGUGGGAUAUCUUCCGCGCACAAGACGCCGACAAGCUGCGUGCAUUUUUGCGCAAAGAGUACUCGCACAUCGACUUCCGGGACGACCCCAUACACAUCCAGCGCUUCUUCAUCGAUGCGAAGCAGCGCGUCAAGCUCUACCAAGAGUACGGCGUGAGGAGCUGGAGGAUCUACCAGAAGGCGGGCGAGGCGGUGUUCAUCCCCGCCGGAUGCGCGCACCAGGUGUGCAAUCUGGCCGACUGCAUCAAGGUCGCAGUCGACUUUGUCAGUCCGCAGAACGUCGAUCGAUGCUUCAAGCUCACGGCCGAGUUCAGAGAGCUUGUGCAGGACUAUAAAAAGGCAUGGAAGGAGGACGUGCUCUCGCUCAGGACCACGCUGUGGUACGCCUGGUGCACCUACAGGCAGAUGGACGGCCAAGGCCCCAACGUGUGGGCCAAACAGAGGCGAGAGGUCAAGAAAGAGGGCGAUUCCCAAAUGCAUAGGAUCACUCGCAGGGUGCUGCAGGCCCAGUAA